ACUUUUCUUUGGAAAUGAAAAGCACCUCUCCAGGAGAGUUGAAGGGAUUAGGUACCAUCUGGAAUAUUAAGCACUGGUGUUGGAAACAGGAGCCCGUUCCUGACCUUGGAGUGCUGCUGCAUUAACAUAUAAAAUGGACAAGUGAUUUAGGUAUUUCAUGGAGAGAUUCCUCCAUGCCACGUGCUGUCGGUGAGUGCUAGCAUCGCAGCUCUCUGCAGUGCCAUCUAAGCCCAUACAAGCUGGACGUGGUGAUGGGGGACUCUCCAACAGAUGCUGUGGAUGGAGGCAUAGACACGUGCUGCAAAGACACACAGACUGAACUGGCAGAGCGGGUAGCAGCCAUAGAUGUGGCUGCUGGCCCAGAGAGAAGUGACCAAAAUGGUGAAGACAACACUGAAGAAAAUGACACAGUCUUUUCUGAUAACAUAAAAGGUAUCCAAAGAAAUGGAGUCAACAGUGACAUGAGAAUGAAUGAAACUCUGCCUUACCAACGGUCAGAAGAUGCUCACUGGAGGCAUGUUCCCAAGAGACCUCUUACUAGACCCCUCCUAUCAAGCAGGAAGUUGUCUCUUCAGGAAAGAUCAUCAGGAGGUUAUUCGGCUUCUAUCAACACUCCAGGUUAUGGGCCUUAUGCCACAGGGCCAUCGCCACGUAUAAUGAGGAGACCAACGAUAGAGUCCAAUCGGGUCUCCAUAUCAGAUUCUGAGGACUGCGUGCAAUUAAACCAGUACAAGCUGCAGAGUGAAAUAGGCAAGGGUUCUUAUGGUGUUGUGAAACUGGCCUACAAUGAGAACGAUGACAAGUAUUAUGCUAUGAAAGUCCUCUCCAAAAAGAAGCUCUUGAAGCAGUACGGAUUUCCACGUCGGCCUCCUCCCAGGGGGUCAAAAGCAUCCUCUGGAGAGCAGCCAAAACCCAUGGCACCACUGGACAGAAUCUAUCAGGAAAUAGCCAUCUUAAAGAAACUGGACCAUGUCAACAUCGUUAAGCUGAUAGAGGUCCUUGAUGAUCCUGCAGAGGACAAUUUAUACAUGGUGUUUGACCUCCUGAGGAAAGGGCCUGUCAUGGAGGUACCAAGUGACCAACCCUUCAGUGAGGAGCAGGCUCGGCUCUACUUCCGAGACAUCGUCUUGGGCAUCGAGUACUUGCACUACCAGAAGAUCAUUCACCGGGACAUCAAGCCUUCCAACUUGCUCUUAGGAGAUGAUGGACAUGUCAAAAUUGCUGAUUUUGGAGUCAGCAAUCAAUUUGAAGGGAACGACGCCCAACUUUCCAGCACGGCAGGGACACCAGCCUUCAUGGCACCAGAGGCCAUUUCAGACACAGGCAAAAGUUUCAGUGGAAAGGCACUUGAUGUAUGGGCCAUGGGAAUUACCCUGUACUGCUUUGUUUAUGGGAAGUGCCCUUUUAUAGAUGAAUAUAUUCUGGGUCUUCAUAACAGGAUCAAGAACAAGCCUGUGGAGUUCCCAGAAGAAGGACAGAUAAGUGAAGAGCUCAAGGAACUGAUCCUACACAUGCUCGAUAAAAAUCCCGAAACAAGGAUAACAGUCCCUGAAAUUAAGGUGCACCCGUGGCUAACCAAGGGGGGCGAGGAGCCCCUGCCGCUGGAGGAGGAGCACUGUACUGUGGUGGAGGUGACGGAGGAGGAGGUGAAGAACUCGGUGAAGACGAUUCCGAGUUUGCCAGCUGUGAUCCUAGUGAAGGCCAUGCUAAGAAAACGCUCCUUUGGAAAUCCAUUCGAGGCUCAGACGAAGCGGGAGGAGAGGUCCAUGUCUGCUCCAGGGAACUUGCUGAUGGACAGACACCUCUUAAACACAUCUGUAUAUUUGCAUCCGUCUUUAAGAAAACAAGGGAGCAGAGAAGGAGGCCGGGACCCGGAGCUGCCCGACGUGUGUGAAGACGAAGCCACGUCCUGAAGCCUGUCGCAGGCUGGUCGCUCACGUGCUGCUGCUGUUGUACCCAUCAUGGUGUUGUCUAGCACACAUCUGCCCUCAUCACCGAGUCCAGGGCCUGAAAAGCAAAGGGGGGGGGGGGUGGGGGGGGGGGAAAAAAAAAAAAAAAAAAAAAAAAUUCCAAAACGGACCAAGCCAGAAAACCAGGAAAGAGAAACAGAGCGGCCGUAAGGAGAAGAGCGAGUCCUCGGGCAGCGCGGCUGGCGGAGGGCUGGCUCGGCCUCGGGGGCGGCUGCGUCCCUCGUGCAAGGUGUCCGUGCGCUCCUCCGUGUGUGCCUUGCUCUCCACUUGUGCUUCACGUGUGGGCUUUGUAGUUGGGUGUCUCGGCCGAGGAAUGUGGUUUUUAUUUGUAACGCAGCAAACCAAACGUCGUCUCAUGGGCCGUUUGCCCCGGAGACUUUUUCCUUGCUUUUUUGCAUUCUCUAUUUCAAGCAUCAGGAAAAAAAAAAAAAAAAAUUACAUUGGAGACAGGUUUUAUAUCAGAGGGCAACUGUUUUAUUUAAUACAUGCGUCAAGCACUUCUGUAUAUCAGGACGCAGCCCUGCUUCUGUUGGAGCUGAUGGCAAAAUUUCUUUGGAUACCAGUUAAAUGAGGAUGAGAUCUUGCUUUUGGAGUGGACGCUCUCACUCUCUAUGCCUUUCUCUCUUCUUUUUUUUCCUUCUCUCCUUAUCCCUCGGUUUUGCACGGUGUAAAUCCUGCCACCGUCGAUGGCUUUAGGCAGGGCGGCGUCGUUAAAUAGAAGAACCACGCGAUAUUCCCUGUAACGUGCCCUGAGCCUUUGAACGUGGUAGGGCUCUGGAGUGCUGGGAUGUGCUGUUACCCGGGAGGGCCCGGUGCCUCGGGCACAUCUGCGGAGCCUGUGCGCACAGGCCUUGUGUUCAAAGCUCAAAAGAAGUGGCAGGUUUGGGGUUAUUUUAUUUAAGAGUGACUUCCUUUCCCUCACUCAGCUCUUAACUCUUUUAAAACUGUGUACCUGAUGCUUUUAAACUCUAAAUUUCUUGAAAAAUGCCCCAAACUGGGAGAGCUCCCUAGGAUGGAAAAUGUUGAGGGAGGAUUUUUAGACUAAGGAAAGCUACAGAACACAAAUGAGAUCAAAACUUGAUCUUUUGGUUUUUAAGGCUUUAAUUUUUAAUUUUAUUUUAAGAUUGUAAUUUUUAUGCACGUGCUGAUGCUGCUAUUUUAUCCAUAGAUUGCUUCUAAAUUUGGGAUUAGAAGCUUCAUCUCUACAGUUUGACAACAGGUGAGAGAUUGCACUUAAAAGGGCAAAUGCAGCUAUUUCAGUGGCUGUUGACUGUACAGACUGUGUGUAUAAUCAGGAAUUUCACUCUUGCACUCGGAGAGUAAAAACCAGUGACAUGAAUCCAUCAAAAUAUAUGUCAAUAUUUCCCUUGAGCUUUAGGGGGUCUGAACAUGCCCCUGGGAAGCCAAUGGGAUUGGAUUCUUAUUUUAUAGUACUUAAAUAAAGGACACAAUUAAAUUUGGUUCCUA